AUGGCAACCCCCAAUAAUUCCUGCUUCCAGCCAUCUUUCUUCAUCUUGGUUGGGAUCCCAGGCCUGGAGCAUUUACACGUUUUGAUCUCCAUCCCGUUUUUCUUGAUAUUUCUCUCAGCCAUGAUUGGGAACUAUAUGGUUGUAUUGAUCAUUGUCAUGGAGACGAGCCUUCACCAGCCCAUGUACAUAUAUUUCAUUCUUCUCGCUUUCAUAGACCUUAUUUUAGCUAAUACAACUAUGCCCAAGCUUCUUAGCGUCUUCUGGUUCCACUAUAAUAAGAUUAACUUCCUUUCAUGUCUUUUCCAGAUGUUCUGUGUGCAUGCUUUCUCCACCAUCGAAUCUGGAAUCUUUCUGGCUAUGGCGUAUGACCGCUAUGUAGCUAUAUGCAACCCUCUUAGAUAUUCAUUCAAGAUGACCACCAGUGUUAUUAUUGGAAGUGGGGCAUUAGCCAUACUGCGGGGGGUAUUUUUCAUGCUUCCCUUGCCUCUCUUGCUGAGAAGGUUCCAUCUAUACACCAGCAAUGUUAUCCUGCACUCGUAUUGUGAACAUAUGGCAGUGGUGAGGCUGGCCUGUGCUGAUGGCUCCUUCAAUGACCAUGUUGGCAUGGCUGUUGGAUUCAUGGUGUUGGUGAUGGACUCAGUGCUUAUUGUAACUUCUUAUGUGAUAAUCCUUCGUGCUCUGCUUAGGCUGACUGCUGAGGCUCGUCUGAAGGCCUUCGGAACCUGUGUUUCUCAUGUCUGUGCCAUUCUGUGUUUUUAUACUCCAAUACUCUGCUCAUCCAUGGUCCACAGAUUUGGGAUACAUGUCCCUCAUCAUACUCAUAUCCUUCUGGCAAAUUUCUAUCUCCUUGUGCCUCCACUGCUGAACCCUCUGGUUUAUGGAAUAAGAACCAAACAGAUCAGAUUGAGGAUGAGAAUGUUCUUCUUUUAA